AUGAGUUCAGCUGCACACUCCGUGCUCGAGGCCCUCGAGACAAGAGCCACUAAUACCGUCAAGGCGUCGGCCCUCAACGGCGGCACGUUCACUCUGCCCCUGAACGUCUUCAUCAGUGGAGCUUUGGAAACAGACCAGAGUCUUGUGCCAACGUUAUCGUUCCUCAUUGUACACAAUGACGAUCAUGGCCAGCGAACAAACAUACUAUUCGAUCUGGGGCUCCGCCGCAAUGUCGAAGAUUACAUUGCUCCGGUCAGGAAGCAUAUUCAGUUCAGGCAGCCUAUGAACACCCUGCCUGAUGUGAGACAGAGCUUGGUGGAUGGAGGAGUGAGCCCCUCGGACAUUGCGCAUAUCAUAAUCAGCCACGUCCACUGGGACCAUACCGGAACUCCGGCGGACUACCCUCAGGCGCAGUUCUGGGUUGGAAGCGGCGCGCUCAAUGUCCUGAAGGACGGGCUGGGAUCACACAUGUCCCACUCCCAUUUCGAGAGCGAACUCUUUUCUGGGCUAAACGUCAAAGAAUUCCCCAAGCCCCCGCUCGACGGUGAGCAAGGAGACGGGUGGGAGAAGUUGGGCAAUUUCUGGGUGCACGACUUCAAAGGCGACGGCUCGGUUUGGGUCGUUGACGCACCUGGUCACCUUCCUGGUCAUGUCAACCUCCUUGCAAGGCUCGCGCCGAAGCGGUGGAUAUAUCUCGUCGGGGAUGCCUGCCACGACCGCCGCCUCCUCACGGGUGAGAGGGAGAUUGCGGAGUGGAAGGACUCUGAGGGACGGUUCUGCUGCAUUCACGCGGACAAGAAGGCCGCAGAAGCUACACUGGCGCGGAUUCGCGAUCUACAGGCUGCGGCGGAGCAAAGUGGAUUCGAGCUCGAUGUCAUCCUGGCUCAUGGCAUGGACUGGGCGAGGGCACAUCCCGAGGCCUUCUUGCCGGGCACCGUAUAAGCGAUCGACGCGUUGUUCUUAGAACAUAUACACA